AUGAUCAGAGGCAUUCCCAUGACAAGACUUUCCUUUGCCAUUGAGAAGUUGGCGCCAGCCCUGGAUGCCGGCUACACCAGUGGCCUCACCCAGCGAGGUCUUCUUCAGCUUCUCUGGAUCAUCACGAAGUUGAAGCCAUCUCUCAAGAUUUCGAAUCUUCGUGUGACCUCGUAUGAGGAGCUUGGCAACAGGUUCAAGAGGGCCCAUGACAGGAUCAAGGAUUCCUGCGAAGGGUUUCCUGACAACAUCGUCCAGGAGCUUCCGUUGGUCUUGGGGGAUGCCGAGGUCAAUGAUGUGGCUGUUGCUCAGGGAUGGAAAGAUGAGUUCCUGAAGCCUGUUUCUUGCGCAAAGGCUCCUCCGCCCAGUGUUGCUGAGUUCUUUGCAGGCAGGCGUCCGGCUGCAGCACCUGUGCCGGCGUUGCCUCACCCCCCUGCGCGCAAUUCGUCAAUUGCGUCAAUUGCCCCAAUUGCUGUGACAACAAGCAAAGCUGCUCCGCCAGCUCCAGCCAGCCCAGCUGCUGAGGCAGCUGCUCCGCCAGCUCCAGCCCGCCCAGCUGCUGAGGCAGCUGUGAGAGAUGCCACUCCACCAGCUGAGCCUAGCCCAGAUGGAGAUGCCCAGGGAGCUGAGCCUAGCCCAGCUGUGGACCUGGCUGUCGAGCCUAGCCCAGCUGCUGAGGCAGCAGCUGUGACUGUGCCAGCUGCAGAUGGAGAUGGCCCACCCAUUUGUCUGAUUUGCCAGCAGGAGAUGACCAAUGGCGCGAUGAAGACACUUGGGUGCGGCCACACAUAUCAUCUUUCUUGUAUGGAGGGCUGGUACACAGCAACAUCCAACUUCGAAGAGCGUUGCCCUCUCCGUUGCCAGAUCACGCCCCCGGCUGGUGAUCGAGCUGUUCGAGGAGCGGAUGACUUCGAGGUUGUGGACUUCAUGUGA